AUAAAGGGCGAGGAUCUUUCUUCCGCAAAUCUUUUAUUUUCUUCGUCCUUCCUUAAGCCCAUUUCACACACACACACACACCGACACGCACUUUACACUUUUUACACGUAUCAUCUUCUUACUAUCACUUGCUCAAUCUGAAAGAAAACAAAGAGAAAUGAAAGACUACUCGCACUACUAUCCCAAAGUCGACCCAGAUAUCGAGCGUGCGCUCUUGAAAAAGCUUGAUAUGCGCUUAGUAGCCUGGGGUGCCUUGGCCUACUUUUCCAAUGUACUUCUCCGCGGUAACAUGCCUUAUGCGUUUACCACCGGAAUGAACACCGAUCUUCAUUUGAACUCCUCAGCCUAUAACUGGGCUGUCAGUAUGUUCUUCAUCAGCUACUCAGUUUUCCAAAUGCCGAGCAACAUCAUCUUUAGCCAAGUCAAGCCAAAAUAUUAUCUACCCACAGCCGUCAUCUUAUCCGGCGUGUUAAGCAACAUGGCGGUUUUCAUCACUGAUAAGCAUCGGGGCUUACUGUAUGUCAUCCGAUUUUGCAUGGGCUUAUCUGAAGCAGGAUGUUAUCCAUGUAUCAUCUUUCUUAUCAGCAGCUGGUACACACAGAAAGAAUUGAACACCCGGGCCUGUAUGAUUGUCAUUGGCUCCAAUCUUGCCUGUGCUGCAAACGGUUUGAUCGGUGGUACCGUUUUACAAACCCUGGAUGGCGUCGCCAACAUCCGUGGCUGGAAGUGGAUGUUCAUCAUAGAGGGCACGGUGGCGAUCGUCAUUGGCAUCGCUGGCUACUUUACGCUCCCAAACUAUCCACACAAUACUCCUUGGAUCACAGGAGCUGAGCGUGAGGUUGCCAUGCAGCGCAAACCCAUUUCGCAGAACCUGUGGAAGGAGCACGAGAGCUUAUUGUUCGUUAGCGCUAAAACUCUAAAGCACCUGGCAACAACACCCUAUAUCUACAUGCUUACAUUCAUGUUUGCAUGCAUUGUCAUGGGAGAUACAGUGAUGCAUAAUUUUGCAAUUAUCCUGAAUGGUAUGGGCUACUCGUCCGUACAAUCCAACUACUGGAGCGCCUCGGUGUAUAUCUUUUCCAGCGUUCCGACCCUUGUCCUUGCGCGCACCUCUGAUACGAUGCGUCACAAGGGGCUGCAUAUUUUUCUCGUCUCUCUAUGGUCCGCUCUGUGGUACUGUAUGUCCUGGUUUGGCUCUGUGCAGAUCAUGUUUGCUGCCGCUUUUGCAGUCACCCUGAACGCAGUGCUGAUCCCUAUCACGCUCAACUGGUCCAGCCAGAUUUAUGCGUGUGAUCAUGAAAUGCGGGCCGUCAUGAUGGCUCUCAUUGUCUCUGUUGGGAAUCUCGUCCCAUACUUGAUCAACCCCAUCACUUGGGAAGUCACAGAUGCGCCUGAAUUCCACACUGGCAAGAUAACUUGUGCAAUGGCGGGGUUAGGCGCGGCUGUUGCCUGCGUCUUAAUUGCCUUGUGCUUAAAGUUACGAAUCAGAUUACCCCAAGACGUUCGUCAAGAAGAGCGACAGUCAGAACGUCAACCUUUGCUCAUCCAUAUCCCGAGAUGCUACGACGACGACGAUGACGACCAUCUUGGAUAUAGAGCGCUUGCGUCUCCACCUUAAGCGCAACCACUGGCAUCCCACUAUCUAUUUAAAAGCAACAGUUCACAAACUGAACAUCUCGGCUUCUUCAUACCCCCCCUUUAACUCAUAACUGCUAUUUUUUGCCUUUCUCACAUCAUCACUGCCAUCACUAUCAUUGCUUUUCCAUGCGUGUCCAUUUAUCAUCAUCUUGCAUUACAUCUCAUCAUCUCAUCAUACACUACAAACCACAACAUUCCAACACA